CGUGGCGGUCGCACCUGCGCGAGUUGGGGGAAGGAGGAGGGGCGAGGUGACGCAGGCGUAAUAAUAGAGAAGGUGCCAGAAGAUCCAAAACAAGUGGCUGCGGCCGUCGCCCAGGAGUCCUCGGACGCCGGGAUCCGGUCCUGGUUCCGAGCUUGUUCCGCCCCCUCGCCUGGUCAUGGCGCAGUCCGGGUCGACCCCGGCCCCGAGCUGGGAGGAGGACGAGUGCCUGGACUACUACGGGAUGCUGUCGCUCCACCGUAUGUUCGAGGUGGUGGGCGGGCAGCUGACCGAGUGUGAACUGGAGUUGCUGGCCUUCCUGUUGGACGAGGCUCCCGGUGCCGCCGGCGGCCUGGCUCGCGCCCGAAGCGGCCUGGAACUGCUGCUGGAGCUGGAGCGCCGCGGGCAGUGCGACGAGAGCAACCCGCGGCUGCUGGGGCAGCUCCUGCGCGUGCUGGCCCGCCACGAUCUGCUGCCGCACCUGGCGCGCAAGCGGCGCCGGCCAGUUUCACCUGAACGCUACAGCUACGGCACCUCCAGCUCUUCUUCAAAGAGGACUGAGGGCAGCUGUCGGCGCCGGCGCCAAUCAGGCAGUCCUCUGGAUGCUCAGCAGGGCCAGUGGGAGACAGGCUCCCCACCAACGAAGCGACAGCGGCGGAGUCGGGGCCGGCCCAGUGGUGGUGCCAGGCGGCGGCGGCGAGGGAGCCCCGCUACCCCCCAGCAACAGCAGGAAACGAGCAGGCCAGCCUCCGAAGGCAAAGUGACCUGUGACAUCCGACUCCGGGUUCGAGCAGAGUACUGUGAGCAUGGGCCCGCCUUGGAGCAGGGUGUGGCGUCUCGGCGGCCUCAGGCACUGGCUCGGCAGCUGGACGUGUUUGGGCAGGCCACAGCUGUGCUGCGCUCCAGAGACCUGGGCUCUGUGGUGUGUGACAUCAAGUUCUCUGAGCUCUCCUACCUGGACGCCUUCUGGGGUGACUACCUGAGCGGCGCCCUGCUGCAGGCCCUGCGGGGUGUGUUCCUGACUGAGGCCCUGCGUGAGGCCGUGGGCCGGGAGGCGGUUCGCCUGCUGGUCAGUGUGGACGAGGCUGACUAUGAGGCUGGCCGGCGCCGCUUGCUGCUGAUGGAGGAGGAGGGGGGCCGGCGCCCCAGUGAGGCCUCCUGAUCCUGGCAUGGCAGACUGAACCCCCUCCUAGCCUUGGGGCCACGUUCUCCCCUGGACGAGGAAGACCAUCUCUGCCCUGAGGACCCACUCCAGCAGUGCUGAGGACUGUGCCUGCCAGCCGGGCCCCUCAGCUGCCACUCCCACAGGAUGUGGGUGCUGAGGUCUAAACCACUUCCAUCAGAGUGUCUGCCCCCACGCCCACCCCCAGGUGUGUUCCCUCAGCUUUAGGAGGCCAGGGGCUCAGACCUGCAGAUCCCCAAAGGGAAGAGCCCCCUCCUCAUUCACCAAAGCCCCCCACCCCAGUGUACACACACUGUCCCUGACCCCCCCCUCCCGUGUAUACACACUGUUCCUGAACUCCACCCCCAGUGUUUCAUACACUAUACCAGACCCCCCAAUGUGCACACACUGUCCCUGACUCCCCAAGUGUGCAAACACUGUACUUGAUCCCCCUUCAGUGUGCACACACUGUACUUGACCCCCCAGUGUGCACACACUGUCCCUGAGUCCCUCCCAGGCCCAGUGUGCACACACUGUCCCUGAUAUCCCCGCCUCUCCCCUUGUGUACACAUUGUCCCUGUAUACCCCCUUCCCCACUCCUUUCUUCCUGGGCCGCCCCACACACUUCAUUGGCCUAAGGGCUUCUCACUCAGGAUCUCUUAAUUUUACUGCCCCUAACCUGGGCUUCAGCUACACCCGGGGACACUGGAGCUGGGGUGCCCGCACACCUGCCCACACAUCUCGACAGCCAGCCAGGCUUGCCCAGCGUCCACACCCAGACCUCUCUCUGCACCAUCCAGCUUCCUAGAGCCAGUUGCAGGCCUCACUGAACCUGCAUCCAGAUACCUGACUCACUGCAGUAUCAGACAGAGGCUUGCUCUGCCAGGGGCCAAGACCAGCCAUCAAAUGCUUUCUCAGAAAGGGGAGGCAAAGGCUUGUGGGAAAGGUGUUUUACAAAUGAUAUCAAUAAAACUGCCCUGAAAGGGGCAUCCAGUGGGCA